UUGUCCGUGUCAUCUGUUGCGAUCGCCUUUUCGGCCAUGUUUAAGAUGCAGUUGAUUUCAACAAAAAUUGAACACGUGCGAAGACGGAUGAAGAGAGCCACGUUUGAGAAACUCACACAGCUGCAGCAGCUGCCUGAGCGUGUUCGAAAUAUCUGUAUUUUAGCUCACGUCGACCACGGCAAAACUACAAUAGCUGAUGCUCUGGUGGCUAGUAACGGUAUCAUUUCACAACGGUUGGCCGGCAAGCUGCGGUAUAUGGACAGCCGAGAUGACGAACAGAUAAGAGGAAUUACGAUGAAAUCGAGCGCGAUAGCCCUUUACUAUAAAGGGAAAGGGGAUGAUGAUGAAUAUCUCAUUAAUCUCAUUGAUUCUCCUGGCCAUGUUGAUUUUUCCAGUGAAGUUUCAACUGCUGUUCGGUUAUGUGAUGGUGCUCUUGUUGUAGUGGAUGUAGUAGAUGGUGUGUGUCCGCAGACUCAUGCUGUUUUGCGUCAAGCAUGGCUAGAACACAUUCGACCUUGUCUCAUUUUGAAUAAGAUUGAUAGACUUAUUUUGGAACUUCAACUGACUCCAAGUGAAGCACACAAACAUCUCAUGAAGAUUCUUGAACAGGUGAAUGCUAUCACAGGUACAUUGUUCUCUACUACAGUUAUGGAAGCUUCAUCUAAAUUGGUUGAUGAUACUGAGCUGCAGCAGCAACAACAGCAAGCAACUGUAACAGCCAGAAUUCCUAGUGACCAGGUUUAUGAUUGGAGUGCUGGCCUUGACAAAGAAGAUGAUUCUGCUUUAUACUUCUCUCCUGAUCAAGGCAAUGUUUUAUUUGCUAGUGCAAUAGAUGGAUGGGGUUUCAGCAUUAAUGACUUUGCCUUAUUGUAUGCCAAGAAAUUGGGAAUUAAUGCAGACAUACUUUGCAGAACUUUGUGGGGAGAUUUUUAUCUUAAUUCAAAAUUGAAAAGAGUAUUCAGAGGCGCUCAGGCCAAUGGGAAGAAACCUCUUUUUGUUCAACUUGUUUUGGAAAACCUCUGGGCUGUGUAUGAUGCAGUGAUGUCAAGAAACAAGGAACGGAUUGAUAAAAUAGUGGCAUCAAUGAAUGUAAAAGUGUUGGCACGCGAUACACGUCAGUCAGAUCCCAGAAUUCACCUUAAAGCUAUCUGUUGCCAGUGGCUGCCACUUGCUGACGCCGUGCUUGCUAUGACUGUGAACAGUUUGCCAAGUCCAAAGCAAAUGGUCAUAAAGCGUAUUGAAAAGUUAUUGAGUAGUGGGGUUCAUGCAUUUGAUACUUACCCACCACAAACACAGGCCCUUGCAGAAAGUUUUCAGUCUUGCAACUCCAGUGAGAGCAGGCCUGUGAUUGUUUAUGUCUCUAAACUGUUUCCUGUUGAUUUGCAAGCAUUUUCUCAGAAUAGACGACAGCCAUUAACAAUGGAGGAAAUAAAGCAGAAACGUGAAUUGGUAAAAAAUAAGCUACUACAAGCUUCAGAGAACACUGGGAAAGGAGACAAAAAUGCAUCUGCUGUGGAAGCAGUUGACAAAGUACAGUGUGACAAAGAAAUGAGCAGCACUAAGAAAGACGUCCAAUUUCUUGCAUUUGCACGUGUAUUCAGUGGCUUGCUGCAUCGAGGUCAACGUUUGUAUGUUCUUGGGCCUAAGCACAAUCCAAGGAUGGUAGCUGAAGCCACUUUACCUUCACUCAGUUCUGAAGAUAUCGAUACUUCAGAACAUGAUACUCCAUAUGACAUGGACACAUUCAGCACUGUGUCAGUUUUUACUGUGAAAGAAUUAUAUCUUUUAAUGGGUCGAGAGGUGGAGCUAGUAGACUCAGUUCCUGCUGGUAAUAUUGUUGGUAUUGCAGGAUUAGAUAAACACAUUGUCAAGUCAGGAACUCUCAGUUCAACUCCUUACUGUCCUCCAUUUACACCAAUGAAUUUUGAUGCUUCCCCUAUUGUUCGUGUUGCAGUUGAGCCUGUCCAUCCAUCUCAGAUGGCAGAUCUUGUUCGCGGGCUAAAAUUACUCAAUCAUGCCGAUCCUUGCAUAGAUGUUUUUGUGCAAGAGACUGGAGAACAUGUCAUUGUAGCUGCAGGUGAGGUCCAUUUGCAGCACUGUUUGGAAGACUUGAGUGAGCAGUUUGCUGGGAUUGAAAUAGAAGUCUCUGAACCUGUUAUUCCUUUUCGGGAGACUGUCAUUUCACCACCCAGUUUUGAUAUGGUGAAUGAAGAAAUAACUGCUCAUAGUGGAAGUCUUAUAGCUAGCAAGCUAAAACUACUGUACAACAAUGUUGAGGAGUGUGACCUAUCCUCUGAUGGUUUGGUAGUAGAACAAACUGCUAACAUGUCUUGCUCUCUUCAUGUCUGUGCGUUACCGCUCCCCAGUUCAGUAGCAGAACUUUUGGAGAAGAGCAAUGAGCUCUUGAAACUACUACAGUCAGUUACUGGAGAAUACACAAAUGAACAACAGCCAUCCAACAUGAAGGAUGAAACAGUAAUGCAACUAAGGAACCUUCGCUUGAAAUUGCAAAAACAGUUUCAGGAUGCUGGUGAUCUAUGGGAAGAUGCUGUUGACAACAUUUGGGCAUUCGGUCCCAAGAGGACUGGUCCCAAUAUUCUUUUGAAUAAAAUUCCUAACUAUAAUAGAGGAUCUGUGUGGGAGCCUAUACUUGACGGAUUUCAAUACGCUGGACAAUCUGAGCGACGUUUAAGAGAUUAUGAUAGUUCUGUUGUGAAUGGAUUUCAACUUGCGACAUUAGCAGGUCCAAUGUGUGAUGAACCAAUGAUGGGAGUCUGUUUUGUUGUUACAGAAUGGUCUUUAGUUGAUUCUAUCAUAAGCGAGCCAGAGAAACAACCACCCGUUUCUCAUAAUCAAGAAAUGUCAGUGAAGGCUGUUGAGCAAAGUAGCCCUGUGCUUGACUCUCCGGACUUGCCAGCAAUGUCUGUCAACCUGUAUGGCUCCGGUCAGGUAAUUUCAGCUAUGAAAGAGUCUUGUCGUCGUGCUUUUUUAUCACAACCAACUCGGUUACUAGCAGCAAUGUAUUCUUGUGAAAUUCAGGCCACUGCUGAUGUUCUGGGUCGUCUCUAUGCUGUUCUGGGGCGGCGAAAUGGUCGAGUUCUAUUUGAAGAAAUGAAAGAGGGUUCAUCAAUCUUUAUUAUUCGGUCGGUGCUACCGGUUGCAGAAAGUUUUGGGUUUGCUGAGGAAGUCAGGAAACGGACAAGUGGACUUGCAAGUCCUCAGUUGGUGUUCAGUCACUGGGAGCUAAUUGCUGAAGAUCCCUACUGGAUUCCAACAACAGAAGAGGAACUAGCGCACUUUGGUGAAAAAGCAGAUUAUGAAAACCAGGCUAGGAAGUACAUGGACAGAGUUCGUCGACGCAAAGGUUUGUUCAUUGAAGAGAAAACUGUGGAGCAUGGAGAGAAACAACGAACUUUAUCUAAAAACAGAUUCGUUCGUCUAUUCCGUUCGAUACGUCACACUGAUGACAUCCUGUUGGGUCUCAAACUAGUAACAAUUGGUUUCAUGUCAUUCCUACCAAUGGUUGUCAGUCUGAUGGCAAUGUAUCCAGCCGAGAGUCUCUCUGUCUAUCUGACAUGCUUAGUGAUCGGUCUAGUAGCUGUCAUGCAACUGAUCACGGUGUUAUAUACUUUCAGAAAAGGCAGUGAGGAAUUACUGCAUGAUGACGUCGAUUUAUCAUUUACACCCAAAGUGCUAAUUGCUACUGAAAUAGCCACUCUGGCUGUCUGUAUAGUUGUGGCUCUGGUCAAUAUUGGUAACUCUACAGUUGCCAUCGCUCUGCUUCUCCUUAUUUUUGUCAUUCCUGUCGUUGUUAAAGUAUUCGAGAAUAUAGCAAAGCAAGGACGUAUUAACAAGGAGCUUUUACCCAAAGACUUGUUUACUGAGACUGUGGAUAAAUUUCGACUGGAGAUCUUUAGUGAUGGUGUGUUUGCAAUAGCAGCAACUCUUAUAAUUCUUGAAUCAUCGACAGAAGUCGUUCCCAUGAAAAGUGAAGUUAAAGCACAUGGAUUUGAGAAUGAGAUUCUUGAAGCGUGGAAUAGUGGAGUUUCCUACCUUAUUGCAUUUGUUAUGAUCUCGAUGUUGUGGUUUGUGCAUCACUCUGUUUUCAAUGCCCUACAACGAGUAAACAUUUUACUUCAUGUUAUAAAUAUCUUAUCGCUUUCUCUUGUGGGAGUUAUUCCUCUGGUUGCUAAAGCGUUGCUUCUUCAUGGUGGCAAGGCUGAUGCUGAUGACAACAGAGCUGUUCAGGUUGCUUGUAUUGUGCUGUUUGGCAGUGGGAUAGGCCACUUUAUAAUGUGGACUGUUGCAGUAUGCAACCGUGCUAAGCUCCUAAGUCGUGAUGUAAAUUCUCACAAGGCGAAUGAAUAUUAUAUUACUGCAAAGACAUUGGUGUUGCCUUGUGCAAGUCUUGUUACUCUCUUUGUCACUUGGAUUGGUUAUACUGCAUCGUAUGGUACGUUGUGUGUUAUGUUGCUGGCACUUCCUGCAUUGUUUGGCAUACUGAACUGGAUAUCGUCAUCUAGUCGAUUUCCUGGGCAAGCAGGAAUCGAUGAGACAGCAACAGAAAUUACUGCUACAUCUGAUCCAAUAUUUGCGAACGCGGCGUCUUGCGUCAGCCAAAUUCAACACCCAAACAUGGCCGAAGGUGACUUCAAAGAGCUAGGAAAAGACGUCAAGGGUUUGUCUGCAGCUGGUGACGAAGAAGGAAAAGGACAGAGUGACAAAAAGAAGAAGGCCAAAGGCAAAGGAGCGGACGCCACUGGUUUAGUAGAGCUUGAUCCUUGGCCUGAGUACAUUGACUUUCGACUAAAGCUGUUUGAUGAGCUAUAUGCCAAAUAUCAAGCUGAUCUGGCAGCUAAGGAAAGUUUACCUAUUAAAGUCACACUUCCUGAUGGCAAGGUAAUUGAUGGUAAAUCAUGGAAGACAACACCCUAUGAUAUAGCCAUGGGCAUUAGCAAGGGCUUGGCUGACAAUGUGGUUGUUGCUAAAGUCAACGGUGAACUUUUUGACUUGGACAGACCACUGGAGGCAGACUGUCAGCUGGAGUUGGUAAAGUUUGACGAGGAUGAAGGCCAGGCUGUGUUCUGGCACUCUACUGCUCACGUUCUGGGUGAAGCUAUGGAACGGUACUAUGGCGGGCACCUCUGCUAUGGACCUCCAAUUGAGAAUGGAUUUUAUUAUGAUAUGUUUCUGGAUCAGCGGCAAGUGUCAAGUAAUGAGUUUACUGACUUGGAGGCUAUCAUGAAAAUGGCUGUCAAGGAGAAGCAGCAGUUUGUGAGGCUAGAAAUGAAGAAGGAAGACUUGAUGGAAAUGUUCAAAUUUAACAAAUUUAAGCAGCGUCUUCUUCAGGAGAGAGUCAAGACUCCUACUACAACAGUGUACAGGAAUGGGCCAUUUAUUGACUUAUGUCGUGGACCUCAUGUACGCCACGCGGGGAAGCUCAAGGCUCUGCAUUUGACUAAGAAUUCAGCCACAUACUGGGAAGGUAAUGCAGCUGCUGAAUCUUUACAACGUGUAUAUGGAAUAUCUUUUCCAGAUACAAAACAACUGAAAGAAUGGCAGAAAUUCCAGGAAGAAGCUGCAAAACGAGAUCACAGGAAACUAGGCCGGGAGCAGGAGUUGUUUUUCUUUCAUGAUCUAAGUCCUGGUAGUUGCUUUUUCUUACCACGUGGUGCCCACAUUUACAACAAGCUAAUUGAGUUUAUACGAGAAGAGUAUCGUAAACGUGGUUUCCAGGAGGUUAUCAGUCCAAACAUCUACAACAGUAAGCUAUGGGUGACAUCUGGUCACUGGCAACAUUAUGCUGAGAAUAUGUUUGCUUUUGAUGUGGAGAAAGAGAAAUUUGCUUUGAAGCCAAUGAACUGUCCUGGCCAUUGUCUGAUGUUUGACAUGCGUCCACGUUCUUGGCGUGAGCUUCCUUUACGAAUGGCAGACUUUGGUGUAUUGCAUCGAAAUGAGUUGUCUGGUGCCCUGUCUGGUCUGACUCGAGUAAGACGAUUUCAACAGGAUGAUGCACACAUUUUUUGUGCUCCUCAUCAAAUUAAGGCCGAGAUUCAUGGAUGUCUUGACUUUUUGCAACAUGUUUAUGGUACGUUUGGUUUCACAUUCAAACUGAACUUAUCAACAAGACCAGAAAAAUAUUUGGGGGAAAUAGAAGUCUGGAACAAUGCUGAAAAGCAAUUAGAGGAGACACUAAAUGAGUCUGGUCAGAAAUGGGUGCUCAAUCCUGGAGAUGGUGCAUUCUAUGGACCAAAGAUUGAUAUUCAAAUCAUGGAUGCACUGAAAAGACCACAUCAGUGUGCUACUAUUCAACUUGACUUUCAACUGCCGGAGCGUUUUGACCUCACAUUUAUGACUGGGGAAGGUGAUGAAAGGAAACGUCCUGUUAUAAUUCACAGAGCCAUUCUGGGCUCUGUUGAACGAAUGAUUGCUAUCCUUACUGAAAGCUGUGGUGGAAAAUGGCCAUUCUGGCUUUCUCCACGUCAAGCCAUGGUUAUUCCGGUUGCCCCAAAGUAUGACGAAUAUGCAGACCAGGUGAAGCAGCAACUGCAUGCAAGUGGCUACUGCACAGAUGUUGACCUUGAUCAUGGAGACACCUUGAACAAGAAAAUUCGUAAUGCUCAACUUGCUCAAUACAACUUUAUUUUAGUUGUUGGGCAAAAGGAAGUGGAAAAUAAGACAGCUAAUGUACGCACUAGAGACAAUAUAGUCCAUGGUGAGCACAUAAUCUCCACCAUCAUUGAGAAGUUCAGUGGUCUUUCACAAGCUAGACUUCUGGAUGCUGAGUCGCAAUUUUAAUGUUAGCAACUUGUGUGAAACACGAGAUAUUUGUCACAAGAUAAACCCCACUAAACAUUGGAAUUCGUUCACUAUGUAGCUGCAGUCUAGCAGUAGAUACCCUUUACCAUUCAAGAUAAUACUGUUACAAAAUUAUUGAG